AAUAUAAAAUUUUACUUUUUAAAAAAAUAUUUUUAGAUUUGUCAACAUCAUAUACUGAAAGAAUAAAAAAAUCAUUAGUUAAAAUAAAAUAUCAAAAAAAAUCAUAUCAAUUAAAUUGGAGACAAUAGACUUUAUAAAUGCCAAUUAUACACCAAUAAUUGAAUCAAGUUGAGGGGUAUCAAUAAAACAAAAUAUAAAAACUGAUGCCAAAAUAAAAUUUUAUAAAAAUAGAGAAUAUUCUCAAAAUAAACCCCUUAAAUUUAAAAUAUUUAUACAUAGAUGGUAAAUUUUAGAAUAAAAGAAAAGUCAGUUUCAAUCCAUAUUCAAUUAUGACUUGGACAAGCCAAGAUAAGCAUAGAAUUCGUUUCUCUUUCUAUCUCUAGAAUUUGCCACGUAUACACAUCAUCACCAUCACAUAAAAACUCUACUCUUCUUUUGGAUAAGGACCCAUAGCCUAUAUCUGACCUUUAAUUUGUUUUAAAUUUUCCGUUUUUUAUCUAUAAAUACUCCAUACGUUAUCUCCUGCAAAUCAACACUCACUCUUAAAAUUUUUUAUUAUUAUUUUUUUCAGUGAAUUUUUCGAAUCAUUGAGGAGACAUUCACCAACUUUUUUUAUUUAUAAAAUUGGCCCACAACUAUUUUUUUCUGCCCACUGUUUUGUGAUCGAUUCUGUUUGUAUAAAGGGAUUUCUGGGUUUUGGUUGGAUUGAGUUAUUUGGUUGAUUCUUGAAGAAAAAAUGGCGACGGCUUCUGUGGGUUUGAUCGGAGGAAAUGGGUGCGGCGGUUCUUCGAGUUCUUGGUUUCAAAUCAAGAACCGGAAGAAGAAGAAUAAUAUGGGGAGGAAUCGGGUCAAUUUUUAUUGUGUUUCUUCUAAUUCGGUUGCGGAUCCUUAUAAGACUCUUCGGAUUCAACCCGGUGCUUCUGAAUCUGAUGUCAAGAAAGCUUUUAGGCAGCUUGCUUUGCAGUAUCAUCCGGAUGUUUGUAGAGGAAACAAUUGUGGAGUGCAGUUUAGUCGGAUUAACGAAGCCUACGAUAUUGUGAUGAGUACUCUGAGGGGAGAAGUAGACGGAUCGCAGAUGUUCGACUCAUACGAGCCCUCCGAUCAAGGAAUCGAUGAGCCGAUGAGAGGGAUGGAUAACGAUCCGGAAUGGGACAUGUGGGAAGAAUGGAUGGGAUGGGAAGGAGCUGGUAUUAGAGACUACACAUCUCAUAUUAAUCCUUACAUUUGAGCUGGAAAAUUACAAUUGUAAAUAAAUUGAUCAUAUUGUAAUGUACAUUUAAUUAUUUACCGAGGAAAACCCACCCACGUGAAUUAUGCAACUCAACCUUGUCAAGAAGAUAAAAAAGAUUGAUAAGGUUGUGUUUGUUGUAUAUAAAUUAAUGUGGGGGUUAAAGUGGUUAUUUUUUCUGUAUAGAAAGUGGUCGAGUUUGCAUCACUUUUCUGCAAAUGAAAAAGUUAGAACCAAAUAAUUUAGAA